AUGGCCCAUGCAAAGAUGUAUCAUCGAUGGCCUCACAACACAGAUGGCCUACACAAAGGAUACACUCUCAUUAUAGUUUACUUCACAUCGGAAGCAAUAGGUGGGAGUAAAGACAAAGAGCAACAAGAGCAGGCAGUGAAAGAACGAAAGCACUAA